GGCUCCGCAUCGCCCCUCCGCGCCGUCCCGGGCAAACUCCGGCUCCCGGUUACUCCCCCCUGACCAAACUGGCGGGUUGGGCUCCCUCAUGGCACCGGUCCCUUAAAGGGGCCGCGUGUGAGCGAGUUACUGUUGGAGCGUGUUGCACACCCGCUGCCAAGCGCCGCGGAGAGCUGUGCAGCCGCGGCGCUGGGAGCCUCGGCGUCCGACCUCCGCCUGCACACUGGCCUCGGCUGGAAGCGCGGCGCUUGGCAUGUAGGGGAGAGGAGAGGGAGAGAGCGGGCAUGGGGAACCAGGUGGAGAAGCUGACCCAUCUGAACUACAAGGAAGUUCCCACGGCCGACCCGACUGGUAUGGACAGAGAUGAAGGGCCCAGGAUCGGGGUCUCCUACAUCUUUUCGAAUGAUGAUGAUGAGCUGGAACAGCAGCAGGAUUCAGUGCACGACCUGGAGGGUGAGCACCCAGCCCUGCAGCCCUAUGAUCCCCAGCUGCAUGAGGUGGAGUGCUCAGUCUAUUACCGGGAUGAGUGUAUUUACCAGAAGAGCUUUGCAGAGGAGGACACGCUGCCAGAGGAGGGUGAUGAAGGAGGUGGGGGGCAUCUGAGCACCUACACCCCAGAGAACCUGCUGAAUAGGUGCAAACCUGGUGACCUGGUGGAGUUUGUGUGCCAGGCCCAGUAUCCGCACUGGGUGGUAUAUGUCGGAGAUUUUCAAGUUGUGCAUCUGCACAGGCUGGAGGUGGUGAACAGCUUCCUCACCGAUGCCAGCCAGGGCAGACGGGGCCGCAUUGCCAACCAGUUGUACCGCUACAAACCCCUCAGCCCGGCCGUGGUGGUGCGCAAUGCCCUGGAGCAGGUGGGUUGCAAAGACCGGGACUUGAGUUGGAGAAACUCUGAGUGUUUUGCUGCCUGGUGCCGGUAUGGCAAGCGGGAGUUUAAAAUCGGUGGGGAGCUGCGCAUAGGCAAGCAGCCCUACCGACUGCAGAUCCGGCUGGGUGACAAGCGCAGCCACACGCUGGAGUUCCAGAGCCUGGAGGAUCUGAUUAUGGAGAAGAGGAGAAAUGACCAGAUUGGUAGAGCUGCUGUGAUCCAGGAGCUCUCCAGCCACCUGCAGGCUGCAGAGGAGGAGGAAGAAGAGGAGGAAGACCAUCAUCAUCCAGGUGCUCAGACUGCUGUGGAGUAGCAGCCCCAGCACCACCAUGCUGCUUAGCCUGGGUGAUGGGGAUUAAAACUGAAGGCUGCGAAAUUGAGCUGUUAUAAGCCCUUUGGGCCGCUUCGGUGCAGCUCCAUUCCAAUCACAUGUGAAAGGAAGGGGGAAAGCUGAUUAAGUGUCUGUGCUUUAGUGCUUAACUCCUUCAGUGCUUGAUGAUAAAACCCCUGACUUAUUUGUAGAGGAUAAAACUCAGGGCAAUUCUACACCUCUCUAUUCCCAGUUCUUUCCCUUCCUCUCUGCCCUCUUCGUGCAUAGCCUCAACCAUCUGCCAGUAGGCCUGACUCUGUAAGAUGUUAAAUGCCUUUGACAUCUACUUAUCAGCAGAAGUUAAGAGUAUUUAGUACUAUUAAGAAGGAGCCAACCACUUUCAGGACAUGACCAUGUAGCUCUGAGUUGGUAGGUGAGAAGCAUGAGGGUAUUGUUUUCCCUUCUCUGCCCCUGCUUCUCCUCAGUUGUGGCUCCUGUUGGUAUUGCAACAAGCUGCUUGCUUGCCUGGUGCAAGGUUCGUGGAUUUGUAGCCAGCCCCCCAGAAGGUGUAAGGGAGAAACCUCCACCAAUUUUAAUGAACUGGGUUUGAUGUGCCUGGUGCCUUCUUAACUGAUAGGAGCUUGCAGGUAAGCUGGGAGACCUCCUCCGUUGCUAUUAGUGUGUGGUUUUGAGGACAGAAUACGUAUUUCUUGCUGACUGGUCCCAGGGGAUGCUGGUUAAGGAGGAGUCUGCACGCUGUGCUGGAGUUCUUUCAGGCAGAUACUGAGCUAUGCCAGUGCUCAUAAAGGCUGCCUGCUUUCCCUAAAGCAAAUGGCAGAGCUCAUGGUUAUGUCUGUGGUACACAUCAAGGCAGCAGAAGCAGGUUGCUCAUGUGCAAGAGUAUGUCUUGAGUAAGCUGUCCCUUGAGAGUGUGGCCUCUUGGCUGGGAGCUCUUGGCUGUAGGCAUGUUAGAGGUUCUGCACCGCAGUAAACCCAGCUGAGAUGGGAAAUGAUGGGAGGGAACACAGGCUGGAAGGCACCACAGGCAGGGGGUUUGGGUGUUCCUUUUUUCCUUCCUUACCACAAAGCAAUUUCCUUUUCAUUAGGGCUUUUAUGUUUCCUUUUUUGCUAUUAUUGAUGGUAUGCAGCAGAGCUAUAGCAUUAGAGCAAAGGAGGGGACGUGCCUCUAAAGUUGUUGUGCAAGUCCUCAUUAAACAGGAGGGGAGGGGGAGUGCGGUGCUGCCUGCCUUGAAUAUUCCCUGAACUUGUUUUCAACUGUUUAACUGGUCUCCUGCACAGGCAGCACUGUCAGAUCUUUGUCCUGGAAUCUGAAGUGUGUGAGCAAACACAGAUUUGGAGGCAAUUUCUAAUGCAAAAUUCUUUCCCCUUAAAGCAUAAUAGGGAUGAGGUGAACUUGAAGAUAAGCUCGAGUUCCUUUAAAUAAUGGCAACGGUGUGGUGCAAACUUGAAGCAUAGUUAAUACGGUCUUCCCUGCAGUUGUUUACAGUUAUGCCACAAAUAGCAAAGUACUCUGUGUCCUUUCCACUACUGAGACGGGAGCAAAGUUUGUCACUUAAGAAUAGGUAGAUACCAGCUUCUGAUUAGUUAAGACUAUAUGAACCAAUUUUGCCAAUGUGAUCCAAAUAGGUUGUGGUGGUGUAUUUUCUGCCUAAAAUACACAAGCUAGAAAAAAGCUGUGAAAACUAUUUCAUCCUCGCUUCAGGAGGGAAAAUAAUUUUUAGAGUUAUGCAAAUACACCAUAUACUGUUUCCUUAAUGACUUCUGUGCUCUCAUUUUUGGGCUGUGAAAUACCCAAAUGUAAAGGAGAGUUUUAACACCAAACUCCCUUAAAAUGCUAUAGCUCAGGUGUCUGCACUGGAUAGGUUCUUUUCCUCCAAUAUGCAAUUGAGUUAUACUCAAGUUACUGUGGUUGUCAAGCAGAUGUACAACCUUGCUUUGAUAGCAUAGCUACCCAUUUCUAAAUAUAAUGGGGUUAAUAUGUGGAUGCACACAGGUUUUAUACAGCUACUGGUGACUACUAAAAGCCGAAAUGAUCACUGAAAUAGUCUGAAAAAGAGUGAAGGAGAGUCUCUGUUGUACUGACUGGUAAGAGACAACAGAUUAUCUAGACCAUGAGUAAAUGUCUGGCUUUGGUUUCUUUCAUACUGAAACCUUGUACAUAACAAAGUUUAUUUCACUGUGUAAUAUAGGUAUGUAAAAUAAUAUUUUCUUACAGAUAUUUUUGAAAGUUAAAAAAUUCCUUCAUAACCUUGCAUUUGAAAGUAAAUUGUUAGGCACAUUAUUUUCCAGUCCUCUGAAUGGGUUUAUUUUUCAUUAGUGAUCUAAAGUAUAUUCUAGGUCAUAAAGUAUAGAAACUGCUAUAAAUGUCAAAUAUUAUGUAUCUACAGGGUACUAAACAGUAAACUAGUUGUGAAAAUAUUUUUCCCUUGUGUCUGAAACAUCAGAACUAUGACACAUAGCUAUUUCUCUUCUGAAAUACCCUGCAUAGUCUGGCUUUGUCCUCUGUUCUUUUUUCUUUUUCCCCCCAGUUUUUGCUUAAUAAAAAAAGGACCAAAUCUGCUUGGGAAUGGAGAGCAAAGCUUCUUUGACCAACUGAAAUCAUGUCUGGUGCUGAUCUUAGUGCUUCUCUGUACCAGUCAUGCCUUUAGGGAUAAAUUCCCACACAGGCAUAAGGCCUUAGCAAAGAAUCCCAGAGCUUGCAUUGCCUUCUGAGGAUGAAGUGGGGAGCUUGCCUCACAGCAAAGUAGGGUCUGGCAUAUGUUCUGCUGUGUUAUAAAACCUGUAUGCUCCUCUGACACCUGGGAUACAGGUGUUCAGUAUUUAAAGCACAGAUAUUUGGAAUCUUUGAAUUUCUCUGCAAGCCGUGUUUGGGAAUUUAUUCUGUCUCCUGGCAUUCCGUUCUAUGUAAAAGUAGAAGGGGAAGGGGGAAGCCUGGAAUUUUUUAUUGAGUCUGGAAGAGGGAUUUCUUAUUCCAGCAGAUAAAGAUGCAACUGUUGAAUCUUUAACAGGCAGGUCCUUUUUCCCUGUCCUAGGCACUGUUAUUUAAUAGGUGCUACUAAACACCACUGCAAACAUUUCUAAGCAGUCUAGUUGUUAAGCCAUGGACCUUUAAUGAGCUGGAUGUGAGAACAGGAAUUGCUGUAGAAGCACAUCCCAACUGCUUAAUUUCGUGUCUUUGCUGUACUUUACUCGGUUACUGUCCGCAGAGUAGGCUGGGAAAUCUAGAGCUUGAUUUUAAAGUAACAGAUCUCCCAGGAAAACAGACUUUUUUGUGUAUGUGUCUACUUCAAGAGGUUUUUUGUAGAUCACAAAAGAGAGGGGAAAAGAAUAGAUAAAAGUGUUCUUCUCUGCAGCUUCUUCUUUAACAUACAGAAAUUCAGGUGUGAUCCUUCUGCAGAACUUCAGGUUCAGCAAUGGUCCUAAGCCUAUACUGAAGUUUGAAGUUGUGAAUAGACCCUACCUUGAGCCACUUGAAAAUAGUAAGACUAGUCAUGUGCUUGAAGUUAAGUGCGUAUUUACUUUUCUUUGUGAAUAAGGGCCGGGAAUUUCAAUCUGAGGUCUCUGGUGGGAGCGUGAAGGAUCUGAGGUUGCAUAAUCACCAGGGGAGAACAAGUGGUGCUGUGAAAGCCGUUUCUGAAAGGGCCUCUUGUCCAAACAAGACUCAUGGAAUCCAGCCCAAACUUUGGCCUCAGUUUCCCACUGGAAAUCCAGGAGCUGCACUGAUUCGGUGAGAAUUGUACUACACAGCAGUUGUAAACUAAGCUGGUGAUCACUCUGCAGACUGUUCCUGGUGACUUUGUCUUUCAUGCUUGAAAUUUCCCUUGCAUUUUUAACAUUUAAAGUUAAUAUCAUUGGUUUUAAAAGCCCUUUGAUUGUGCAAACACUUAAUCAUCUAUAUGAAUUUACUCAUUUGGGCAUACCUACUGCUACUGAUAGGAUGACUGCUGUGAAUAUCAUUAUGCACAUGUUAAGGCUGGCAAGACUGAGCCCCAGAUGUGUAAAUGUAGCUCCAGCUAGGAAAUGUAGAUGAGCAGUCUUAUUUCCCCAGAGUAUUGGUGUGUUUGAUGCAAAUAAUGUCUUGGAAAAGGCUUUAUAGUAAAACCUACAAUUAUCCCUUGAUUGAGUAAUUUUAAAAACACAAUUCAGACAUUCACCUUCCAUGGCAGUGAACAAGGACAUAAACUGAAAACUAUUUCAGGUUAUCCCUGAUUCUGUGUGAAUGCAAAGUAUUGAUUACAGCAAUGCUCUAGAGCUCACCUGACCAACAUAGUAGGCAGUUGUAGGGUAGGCAGGGAAAAUAUCCAAAAGCUAAUUCAAAACCUAUAUUUUCUUACUUGGAAAAAUAUAUUCUUCAGACUGAAGGACCCUACACUAUGGAAUUGUUUUGUAUAAAUGAAACCCUAGUCAAACUUCUUCUUAAGUUUCAUUCAUUUAAAUUCAAAAUUCCACUCUUAGUAGUAAAGUAGGUAAUAUUAUGUGAUGAAUAUAUUUCAGAUUUUGAAUGUAACGGUGGUUUUCUUUUUCUCUUCUCCUUUGGUUAAGUUUUACCAAAGGUUUGUCCUUGGGUGUGUGAAGUGUGUUGUCGAGUGCUUUCCCACCUGUGCUUUUCUGACAAGUAACAGCACCAACCAUCGUUCUAACAGCCAUGUAGGAACAAAUAUUGUUUUUUGAAAGCAAAAUUUUGAUUUUUGUAUCUGCUCAGAGACUAGUAACUAAGUAGAGGUAAGAAAUACACUGUUUCCAACAGCAGUUUCUAUCUAUAAGAAAUCUACUGUUAAUUCAGUACAUGUUGAUUACUCUUAUAAAUCAAUGUGCAGUGAUAAGGCUGAGUGUAUUGUAUAAUGGGCUUGGACUUUCAGAUUAGAUUUUUUUUGUUUUAAAACUGCAUAGGAAGAAAUCGGGGUGGCUUCAAACACCAGUGGUUUAGAUGGUUCUUUUGCGUUAAUAUUGAAUUAGAAGCUUUCUUUAAAUGCACACUUGAAAUUCCUGACAUUGUAACACUUCAUGGAAUCAUCCACAAUAACAAGUGUAAUCACAAAAUAUGAUUUUUUUCCCCCCACCAUGAGCAUUUUCUGUAAGCUGUCCUUUGUCAGUAAAUGUUGAAUUGUUAGUGCAAAUAUCUUCUUUUCCUGAGAAAGAAGUACAGAUCAUUGAUUGUACCAUUUCCUUCAAAAUGAAGGGCAUCGCAUAGUAACUAAAAAGAAAUAAAAGAUUUAUAGUAUCUUUUAGAA